GAAAUGAUAAUAACGUGGAAGUUCUGUGACUUCAUCUCUCUCUCGAUGAAAAUAUACAAUGCGCGGACAAUUUCCGUUUCUAGCGCAACAAGACAAGGUUUUUGUUACAAAUCAGUAUACGCAAUAUAUGAGAAUAUCCCACUGUCUUAUUCGUUAGAUGAAAAGUAACUGUCUCUUCUUUUUAAAAUUAAAUAAAUCAUAUUUGUUAUGAAAUUAUUAAGCUGUUAUAAAUUAAUCGAUUAGGAAAACAUUUUCCAGCCAAUUUGUAAUAGUUCUCGAAAAUUUAUAGCGUUGAGGUAGGCAUCUUGUGCGAGCAGUGAUGUGAUUUCGGCGAGGGCGUUUGUCGGUAUGCGUCUGCCGGUACGAAAACGACUUCUUGUCGACAGGCGGAUCGCGCGGGCGACGUCGGCGGCGUAAUGCAUGUCGACGUGGACCCCAGAGAGUCGGUGGCGGCGUAUACGCGCCUCUCUCAAAAUAGCUCGCCGAAUACCCGCGCCACCCCGCCGUUUCUCGUGACGCCUUUUCGGGUCGCGCUUAGUUACCAUCUCUCGAGGAGAACUGGCAUCACCCAGUAUCGUAAGCACCGCGAUAAACCGACGACAUGUGCACCGGCCGACUGCGAAGGAGGCGCCCGUGGAAUGUACACGUCCGUCAAGUGGACACAUCCAACAGGAUAUCGACCACGCGUUUGGAUAAUUGUGGCCAUUAAUUAUGAUUCGAGCCCAAAGACUGACACGAAGCCGCCCGAUGAUCAUAGCCCGUUCGUAAUCGUCCCCGCCGCGUUCUCUCUCUCUUUCUUCUCGAACGCUGCGCUCCAAAGAAGACUGACGUCUGCUUCAGAAUCGAUUUAAGCUGUCAGGAUACUUGUAUACUAACUGGAUGCUCAAAUCUCUCUGGCGGAGCCAUAAACAAUCCGUUAGCGGAAGUUUGAAUCUCAUUUGAUCCUUGGAUGCUUGGAUGUGUGUAAUGCGAGUCAUUCAGAGACAAUUGAUCCGUUACCUUUUAGAUCGUACGUGCUAAAUAAUUUCACGCUCACGUAAGAUAUUCCGAAUACUGUCGGCGAUUAUCGAGACUGAAUGGUCCACUGAAAUUUUUAAGGAACUCGACACACCGAUUUUUGCACCACAAUGUAUCUCGCCUGGACGUGCAUUAGUUAUUGCGCACAAUAAUUGCAUUGGUGACCGUCGAGCGUAUGAAAAAUACCACUUUAUUACACAUAUAAUAUUCUCAGUCCGACCGUACGUCGCUCCAAAUUUAUAUUGUGCUAAUUUUAUACAUCGUCGCUCUAUAUUGCUCACUUUGUUGCCUUACGGGAGAUGAAAACCGCGGUGGUUGCAACAAUCGCAAAACGUAUUGAGUAAUACGUAAUGAUAAACUGGCACAUAGUUAACUGUUUCACGAAUCGUAUAAGAAAAAUAUUUAAUGCAUGAAGAAUAAUUGAAAAGCAACGAUCGUUGCGACGCUCACGUCAAAUCUCUCUUUAGGUAUCGGUGUUAAAACUUUGCGACGUUAAGGCGGAAAGAAACGUAUUCGGAUAGUUCUCGAACACACAGAAACCCGAAAAUAGAUCGGUGGCAAUGCAAUACCACAGUAUUACCAUCCUUCCGGGAAAAACUACGCCACGAACGAGAUUGUGAAGAUUGCGUACGCCUCAACUCUUAAAUAGACAUUAUUACAUAAGAUUACUUUUUAAUAUAUUAAGGAAUCGAGUCAGAUGAACAGUCACGGGUAUUGCACGCCGGCAUUUCGUGUACGUUCAGGCAGAAAGACUUGAAAUCCAUGAACAGAAGAAAGGUACGGACGAGAGAAUCGCAUCAUCGUCUCCUCGGUAGUACGGAGGAAGAGGAGAAGGCAGAUCGCUCGGACGUAUUCUCCUGGCAGCAGAGUCAAUUGGAUAACAAUAAUGUCGUGCGGUGGACGAAGGCACGGCGGAGGCUGAGGAGGCAGAGGGGCGCGAGAUGUACGGACGUCAAGAUAAUUCGGGCGAUGGUAGUUCGAGCCAGGUGCCACCGUGGCUCAUGCGCGCCGAAGUCACGAUCCGCCACGGCGACGCGGUGACCUCCGAGACCGUGCGAAUGCCUCCGGGUACCACCACCACCACUGACGCGGGCGGCAUUCGCAUGAUAUGCCGCUGGAAUACGAGCGAGCCGAACUCGACGUCAACGCCGGCAUCAGCCGCCACCACGUCCAACGCGUUCCCGUCGUCGGGUAGCACCGCCGGCGGCUUCGGCUUUCAACGGGGCAAUAUACUCUUCACGUCUACCCCGCCCGCGAGGCCGUCUCAGAGAUCGUCAGGCGGAUCUUACACUCUGCCACGCUCGGGCUCGUCUGGCAACGACGACUCUAUCUCGUCCAUAGGCCGAGCGAACGUUUCCGACUCCGGUUACAACAGCGAACAGUUCUCGCCGUACACAUACUCAUCAUUGCCCACGCGACGUCCGUCCCAGCAAAACAAUCGUCGAUGUAAGAGCACGUGUAGCAUCGUGCUUUCCACCGCGGGCGCGAAUAAGCCAAAUUUCGAAAAAGCCACGUCUGCCGAAUUCUCGAAGACUGCUCCGUCCGUCGACCAGUGGUCGCACCAUCGAGCCUCGCAUCAAUACGUCUUUUCGCGUCAUCAGUUCAGUACGGUUCCGGAGGUUUGUGAGGACUGUGCGGAGGGAAGCGCGUCGAGUGCCUUCACCACGCACUUUUGUACCCGCGUGGCGGAAAAGACCGCGAAUAGCAGUAGGGCCACUGCGAUAAGCAAAGACGUGGCAUCGCAAACCACAGACAUCGAAUCGGCGCGCUCGUCAUCGACUGUAAACAGCAGCAGAAUUGGGAGGAAGUCUGGCACUGGUAUUCACCAGCGUAGCGAGCAGAAAAAGGAGCAGGAUAUCCGAUCGCCUCCGGCGCCAGUUGGGAAUACCAGUACCAGUUCUCCGGUCGAUCCAGACAAAUCGGACUCAUCCGCAAAAGAGGACAGUAGCAAGCGCAAGUCCCGGACGGUACAUAUCGACGUGUACUGCACAGGAUCCGACGACGCCAGCACAGAUACGAUCAGCGAGGACGAGCGUAGCACGCCCAUGACUGUCUUCGAGAAUGAGGAUGUUAAGGUUACUCAUACUCAAGCGACGGACAACUUACCACGAGGAUUUCAAGAUGCAAAUGCGUUUCUGAAGCGCAAUAUCGAGCAACGAUGCGCUAGUUUCAGAAACACGCCGAUCAGGAUGCCCUCGUUGGCCAGCUCGAAGGGCUACGACAGCGACGAGGUUCUGAGUUCCCUUUAUCCUUCACGAUUCAGCUCAUACAGCGGGAUACGGGACCUCGAUUCCGUUCCGUGGUCUACAGUGUCGUCUAGUACGGCCCUCUCACCGUGCGACUACGAAUCAACGACUAUGACAUCGUCAAAAGAUACAUUCUCCGACAUCGAGUCCCUGAUCAACAAUAAAUCUGGUUUGACGCCUUGCGACAGUUUUGAAUACGCCAAUAUUACGGAUCGCGAUAGAAUACGGAGAAUGGAUAUUCUAGCGAAAGCUGGUAAUGAGAGAAACAGAACCUGGCGAUCGCCACAAAUUGAACGAAGGCAUCUGCUACAGAACAGGAAAAUGAGGGAGUAUUUCAAGAGACACGAGAUAAAUUUGUCGUCUGGAGAAAGUGACGAGGAUUCUGACGAGAGCGGUGCAGUCGGUUGGAGUUUUGUAUCCGGCGAUGAAAAAUCACGAUUUGUCAAAAGAGAUUCGAUGAUUCGUCGUACGGACAAGGGACAACUGGAGGAAUCUUAUACGACUGACCUAGGCUCGGAACACAGAAAUGCUCAAGAGGAACACUCUCAGUUUGCAAUACGCAAAGAUUACGUUCCGAAAGUUUUACGCGAUCGUAUCGGUCCUUUCGGAUCGAAGAGCCCCUCUCCCCUUCCUUCGACCAUACCCUCCCGCGUAACCUCUCCCUUCACUACACCUUAUGGAGAAAGAACUGAUCAUAUCGUAAAAGCCUCAAAAUUCGGAGCAGUAAUCAAUGCCUUUCGAAAACCUGGACAUCACAUAGGUCCCUCGAAAAAUCCGACGUGUUCGUGCGAACAUUGUCGAAGAUAUUUUGAGAAUCAAGCGAGAGAACGAUCUUCUUCAUUGAGUGAGCUUGAACGUCAUUUAGCAUUCAAAUCGCGAAAAAAUAGUGGCAUCUGAUUUUAUAUUAGCUUCUGAGGAUUCUUAACUUAUUGAUUCUUUAGUUUUUACAAGACACGAAAUGCUUUCCAUUUUAUUUAUUUAUGUUGUAAGACUUGUAUGCACAGUAAAUUGCGUUCCGUUGCAUUCAUGGCGAUUGAGGACACUAUAUUGUGAUUUGUGCGCUUAAUUUAUAAUAUAUGUAUUUAUAUCUAUAUUAAAAUAUUCCAUAUACUCUCUAUACAUAGCUUUUUUUAUCUAAAUUAUUGACAAGGGCUGCUAAAAAAACAUUCUGUUGAAAAUUGAGCAUUUAUAAAAUUAACACAGAUGUAUUAUAUUGAUUGCGUUAAUAAAUAUUAUGUCGGACAUCA